GAAAAAGAGGAAGCAAGGAGGGAGAGAAAAAAAAAAGUCAGAGGAAUAAAGAAAAGUAAAGAAAGGAAUUGAUUAGAGAGGGAGAGAGGGAGAGAGAGAGAGAGAGAGAAGCAGGGAAUAUACAGGGUGAUAAGAGGCAGCUUGGGGGUGGUGAUUGAGGGGCAGAGGGGAAGUGAGAAGGAUAGCAGUGGGUACGAAAAGACUUAGACCCAGUGUAGGAGGGAGAGGCAGGGAGAAGGUCAAACUGCUGGGAUUCAGGGCGCACGUGGGUCUGAAAUAGGCAUUCCAACAUACAGGUUUGGUUAAAGGUGAGGGAUAUUUACUUGGGAUAGGGAGACUCAAGUUAGAAACUGAAGUAGACAGUGCGAUACAGAGGUGUGAGGAAGGCAGAGAGGAGCAGAGGGUGGGAGGGAGGUGAUGGGUGGGCCAGGCAGAUGUGUGAACUGAAUUGAGGUGAAGGGAGCAAGGGAGGGGAGGGAAAGAAAGUAAGUAACACAAAUAGGUGCCUUGAGACUGAGAGUUUAGCUCCUGCUUCAGUGUGGACUCUUUGACAGACCCUCAGUGUGAGGCUCUCUUGUAACUGUGGGGAAAGCACUGCAGAAAGAUGCUGGUUUAAAUCGAAGAUACUAGACACAGAACGCUGGAGUAACUCAGCGGGAACAGGCAGCAUCUCUGGAGAGAAGGAAUGGGUGGCAUUUCGGGUCGAGACCCUUCUUCAGACUGAUUUAUUUAUUACUUGUAGCUGUUCAGGUACAACCUUUGGUAAAGGACACUCCUUAGACAGGGCACAGGUGCGAUUCUAAAUUGCCAUUGUUAGAAUUUAACUGGCAUCCGACAGCAAGAUUUCCAUAGGAUCACACCUUAAAAGUGGAAAAAAGUUAUCAGCCAGAAAGAAUUUUAAUUGCCUGCUCAAUUAUCAAUAAUUCUCAAUGUAGAUUAAAUAUUAGAUGUAUGGAUUAGCCUUUUGCAGCUGCCCAAGUUGUCAAGGCUAGAUUGUAAUCUGUAGUUUAUGCUGUUUAACAGUUGUUGCCAGGGUUUGCUGGUCAUAAUUGCAAGGAUUCAGGGUGACUUUGAGCAGCUUAAAAUGGAGGCUGGAAGAUUCUGUCAGCUGUGAGAGAGAUACCACUUGGAGAUAAGCUUGAAAGAUUGGCCCUGGAGGUAAGGGCUUGUGAGGCUGUUCUCAUUUGUCUGGGCCUUCAGAUUUGCUCCUUCCCUCCCCCCCCCUCUCCUCCACAAACUCCCCUUGGUGCCAAGGAUGUCUUCCCCCCCAAAUCGGAAGCUGUUUAUCCGCCUCAUUGGCUACUGGAAGCCCCUGUUCAGUAGCAGGUAUCUGCUGCUCACCAACACUGUCAGCUGUGGAGGUCUGAUGGCAACCGGAGACAUUAUCCAGCAGACCCGGGAAAUACGGCGGGAUACUAUCUCCCGUCGGGAAUGGCCUCGCACAGGGCGCAUGUUUAUCACGGGAUGUUUAAUUGGUCCAUUUGGCCAUUACUGGUACAAGGCGCUGGACAGUCGGUUCCCGGGGAGAGGCAUGGCUCUGGUGCUGAAGAAGGUGCUGCUUGACCAGCUCAUCGCUUCCCCCAUCUUCGGCUUAAUCUAUUUCACCGGGAUGGGAACGUUGGAAGGCCACAGUGUCAUGGAUGCCAUGAGGGAAUUCCGCAGCAAGUUCUGGGAGUUUUAUAAGAUGGACUGGAUGGUUUGGCCGGCCGCACAGAUGGUCAACUUCUACUUCCUGUCUCCAAAGUAUCGGGUCCUCUACGUGAAUGUGCUCACGGUUGGAUGGGACACCUUCCUCUCCUACCUGAAGCACCAGGUCCACGCAGAGAAAGCGGGCGAGAUAGAGGAGGGGCCGGGGAUGGAGCCGCCGGACCCCUGCAUCGAAGAUGACCAGUAGCAUCGCGUCGAGGUCGGCUCGGAGCCUCCGUGGUUGCGUUCCGUGUCUGGAAACCCCUGAUCAGGCAGUCGUUAGCCCCUGUAAACCAGGCACAAUGCCUCCACCGCCCUCGGGGAUGAAUUGUCGUACGUUCCAGCUGCAAUUAUUUUUAGUAGAAAUUUAUAUGGUUCUGAAUUAGUGACAAAUUAAAUUAUUCUAAGUAUGAC